AUGAAGGCAGAGGCCGACGUGCCCUACGUGCGAAGCUAAAGCCCCAGUGGUCCCACGCGGCCACGCCUCGCAUAACUAACUAGAAAAAAAACGUCGCCGCGCUGCGGCCCGGCCAAGCGUGAGCCCCGCGCGACGCAGCCGCCGUGCAAGAGGACCUAAGAAUUAGAGCUCCUUGCGACGUGCAGCCAGUAGCCGAAGCGCGCGAAGCCAAAGAGAAAGCCAAAGAGAAAGCCAAAGAGAAGCCAUGGCUGCCGCCCUCGAGGCCAAGAUCUCGCGGCUACGGCUCGACGCGCCGCGCAAGGACGCCCCAGUCCCGACGGCGCCGAAGCCCUACACCGCAUUAAGUGUGGAGCAGUACGGAGCGGCCUGCCUCGGCUUGCGACGCGUCGGCCUGCCGGCGCAUGUCCUGCGAGGUGCCCUGGCGCCGUUCUGUUUACUGAGACGGACGCCGCGGGCGCCGCACCCGACGAGACGACGAGGCCACCCUUUACCUCCUCUCGUGCAAGCUUUAUAUAGGGCCCAUCCGUCGUUCCGAAGGGGUUUACAUGAUGCACUCGCCACGAAGGGUUCAAUCCCGUCCGGUCUGCGAGGCGUGGACAACGCCGACCCGCCCUGCGCGCGGAAGGCAACACAAGGUUUGUUACGUCUCUUCGAGGCCAUGGACCAAGAUUGCGCGUCGAGGGACCCGGACGCGUCGAUCGUGAGGCAUAAAACAGCAGUCUGCUGCCAGAAGCUCGCGGAGACAGCUCGCGCGGCAGGUACAACUUUAAAUAUCGACUCGCCGGCCGACUGGUUCCGCCUGGCGCACGUGGUCUUAUCUUGUUUGCCGGCGAAUGUAGUGAGACGGUCCUUCGUGGGCAUCUGCGGGCGGUUCGACCGGUACACGUUUCCGGAAUGUGGUCCGUGGCUCCGUGUGUUAUUUCAAGUCGCGUCGAUGGCGUCGACGCGGCCGUCAGAGAGUCAUUACGCGCGCAGGCCACGCCUUGCACGAGGACGACGACGCCGCCUGGAUUCAACAAGCUCCCGCCGAGCGCUGCUCGGACCUCAUCGGGGCGCUGCGGGCGCGGCCGCCGGCGGCGCCGCUGCACCGAGCGAACGCGGACGGACCCGCGCGCGUGCGCUGCCCGACGUGCGGCACCGCGGGCCCGGCCCUCCACGAGUCCUUCCCGCGCUUCACGCCCGUGCCCGCGGCGGCCGCGCCGCACCUGUUGUGGGUCAUCAUUUUGAGAAGUAGUGGUGCUGGUCUGAGUCGCCACCGAGUCGCCUUACCGUCGCGGGUGCUUUUUGAUGGAGAAACGGGCCAGCCCCGCGCUUUGAAAGAGAAGGAGGUCCCCCCGUCGAACGCCGUCGUCUAUGCGCUCGGCGCGGUCAUGCUCUUCCACUCGCGGAAGGAAAGGGGCGAUCCCGAGCCGGAGUUCGAGGGCGACAGCGGCGGCCGCUACUCCAUCUGCGUGAAUCUGGGGGCCCAGGACGGCUUCUACUGGAUCAAGCGGGACGACGGCGAGUCCCAACCGGUGCGGGGGCCCGAAGGCGUCGCGUUGUUGGAGACUCAUUGUCAUUCCGCGUUCUACGACGUCGAGAGUUCUGAAGGGGCGAAGGCGUGCGUCGGGGGCUAGUUUGUGUACAUAUAUCUUGCUUAUGACAAA